AUGCAGCUAGAUUCUGUCCCCUACGAUCCAGAUGAGGCUCCUUCACCAGGCACUCCUCAGAUGAAAGCAGUGCAUCCCAAACUCGAACUCACAGAGAGCCCUCCUCCGGACAUACCACGCGCUCAAGUCAGUUUCAGCCCUCCUCCCAUCGACGGAUUCUCCAAGUCUAAUCGGUCAAAGAUCGUGCCCGUGGGUGGUGAUGCCGUCCUCGUCUCUUAUCUCGGCGGCCACCGCCACCAAGACGUAGCCCAGGCUGCUGGCCAGCUGGCAUUGCCUGGCAGCGACGACCCCUUUGAGCUCUCCGACGACGACGCCUCUCCGCAAAAGAGCCCGUCGCGAGACACCAACGCCGACCCCUUGGCUGGCGCCGACAUCAUACCACGGCCGCAUGUCGUCACUGCCGCUGCCGCUGCCACGGGCCAUCAUAAUAGUCUGCGGGCCGUUGCCGCCGAUGCCCUAGCCGCGGGCGGGGACGUCGGACUCUUCCAUGGGGAGGAUAAGCCCAGCGUUGAUCUGUCAGCCUCAACCUACAAUCUCUCGAUUCAUGACGAUGCCGUCUCUAGCCCCAGUCGCCACGUUCAAACCCCGCCGCUCUUGGGCGGUCGUCUCGCCACGGCAGACAGCGCAUCGCGAGCGCUGCUGUCGCCCAGCUCCAGCGAGUUGCUGCCCCCUUUGCUAGACUCGCCCAAGCGCGACGGCGCCAACGGGCCGAUCCUGCCCUCCAUACAAAAAACCCUGGGCGACACUCUGAACGAUAGACCCCAUCAUCAUGUCGCGACCGACAUGCCGACGCCCAGCGACAGCCGAGACCUGCCGAGGCGUCACACCGGCGGCGAUGCGCGACCUUAUUCUCUGUCUCCAACCGUAGGUGUUCCGCGCUUCUCGUCCAUUUCUGCCGCCAGCCAUGCGUCGCACCCAAUUUCUCCCAGCGAGGCGUAUCAGCGCAGCUUUCCAUCUCCCAACUCCCUUCCCGCCUCCAGUCCUGACAAAUUCGCUUCCAAUGGUUCCAUGCAUCGCUCCUCCGUCGACUAUGCAAGCAGCAACGCCUCCGGCAAACCCCUUCAGUCCAGCUACACCAUGGCCUCGCCAGCUGCCGUGGCGUCCGUAGCGGAUCGCAUGAGCAUCGAUGGGAUCACCCACCCUCAGGUCGGCAGCUACAGUUGCACGUUCGAGGGGUGUACCGCUCCGCCGUUCCAAACGCAGUACCUUCUCAACUCUCACGCUAAUGUGCAUUCUUCAGCCCGUCCACACUACUGCCCCGUGCGUGGAUGCCCUCGUGCGGAAGGUGGAAAGGGGUUCAAGCGGAAGAAUGAGAUGAUUCGGCAUGGCCUGGUCCACGAUUCUCCCGGAUACGUCUGUCCUUUCUGCGCAGACAGGGAACACAAAUACCCCCGGCCAGACAAUUUACAAAGACAUGUCCGAGUUCACCACGUGGACAAGAGUAAAGAUGACCCCUUAUUAAGGGACGUGUUAGCACAACGCCCCGAUGGCCCAAGCAGAGGCCGCCGAAGGAGAGCGCAAGUCUAG